AUGGCAAAGGUUGAGAAAAAUUUUUCUACUAUGGAAAGGAGUUCAACACUAUUUAACAUCCUGGAAGUUGAUGGAAUCCCUUUGCCAGUAUUAUCAAAAGAAAUGUGGAAUAAAAUCUCUAAUUUCCAAGCCAGACCUGAUGACCUUUUUCUGGUAACUUACCCAAAGUCAGGUACAACAUGGAUGCAAGAAAUUUUAGACAUGAUUAAAAAUGAUGGUGAUGUGGAGAAAUGCAAAAGAGUCAAUACUCUGGAAAGAUACCCAUUCCUUGAAGUGAAAUUUCCCCAUAAAGAAAAAUCAGAUUUGGAGAUUGCUCUUGAAAUGUCCUCACCACGACUGAUAAAAACACAUCUCCCUUCACAUCUGAUUCCACCAUCUAUCUGGAAAGAAAAUUGCAAGAUUAUCUAUGUGGCCAGAAAUGCCAAGGAUUGCCUGGUGUCUUUCUACCACUUUCACAGGAUGGCUUCCCUAUUGCCUGAUCCUCAGAACUUUGAGGAAUUUUAUGAGAAAUUCAUGUCAGGAAAUGUUUUAUUCGGGUCCUGGUUUGACCAUGUGAAAGGAUGGUGGGCUGCAAAAGACACGCACCAGAUCCUCUACCUCUUCUAUGAGGAUAUAAAAAGGAAUCCAAAACAUGAGAUCCACAAGGUGUUGGAAUUCUUGGAGAAAACUUUGUCAGAUGAUAUUAUAAACAGGAUCAUCCACCAUACCUCAUUUGAUGUGAUGAAGUAUAAUCCCAUGGCUAACCAAACUGUGGUACCUUCUUACAUAUUGAAUCAUUCCAUCUCAAAAUUCAUGAGGAAAGGGAUGCCUGGAGACUGGAAGAACCAUUUUACUGUGACUAUGAAUGAAAAAUUUGAUGAGUAUUAUGAGAAGAGGAUGACAGGGGCCACACUGACCUUCUGCACAGAGAUCUGAGAGCAACAACAACAACAAGAGGCAGAUAUUAUACCAACUAUUUUGCCUUUUGUUCUGUCUGUUGGGCAAGGCACUGUGACUGAAUGUGGAGCUUAUGAGCUUCAGUCCCUUUCUCCUAGAGUUGUGACUAGUCUGGCACAAUAUUAAAACAUGAUUUAAAAUAUCAAUAAACCACCUACUCCAGUAAAUAAAGUAAGAGGA